AUGUCGACCCCCGACAUCUCCCAGUUAACGGCAUCUCAACAAGAAGCUCUACAAACUUAUACCUCCGUCACCGACCAAGACCCCAUUGCAGCAAUUCCGCUCCUGCAGCGAUGCGAAUGGAACGUCCAGAUUGCUGUGGCCCGCUUCUUUGACGGUGAACCUCCAAGCGAUCCUCUCGUCGAAGCACAAUCGCAGCUGCCUACUGCCUCCGCUCGUCAAACUACAAAUUUGCAAUAUGAGUCUCUUCUGGCCGCAGCUCGAUCGCCUACCAGAACACCACGGGCGAGUUCUGCGGAUAUAGUCACGCGGGUCGACACGAGUGGUACAGUCAAUGAACCGGUCUAUCGUCCUUCGACACUGUUCUCCAUCAUAUUUACACCCGUGAACAUCCUCUACAGAGUAUUUACAGCUGUUUUAUCACCCUUUGGGUUUCUCGUUCCCACGUUCCUCUCGCGCCUUUUUCGUCGCCUUCUGUACCAGUCCCAACCGCAAUCUCGUACUCAAAGGAGAGCCCUACCACCAGCCGAGAAUGCCAGGAGGUUUAUACGAGAAUUCAGUGAAGAGUAUGAUUCCGAGAGUCAUGAUGGGGAAUCAUCUACACCUCUCCUCCCGUUUACAGAGUCGGGGUUUAACCUGACCCUCGACACCGCCAAAAAGGACCUCAAAUUCAUGCUUGUGGUCCUGCUCUCCCCUAGUCACGAUGACAAUAAUACCUGGGUUCGAGAAACCUUACUCUCGUCGCAAUUCAAAUCAUUCCUCGACUCGCAUCGUUCUGACUUGAUACUUUGGGGCGGAAAUGUACGAGAUUCAGAAGCCUACCAAGUGGCGGCUAGUCUACAGUGUACCAAAUUCCCCUUUGCGGCGCUCAUAUGUCAGGGCUCGGAGCCCGGGUCGGGUUCCCCGUCAGGAGCAAUGACAGUCAUCAUGCGCGCAGCGGGACCUACGUCGGCAGCAGACUUGGUGGCGAAAAUAGCCACGGCGAUGACCGCCCAUCAGACACAGCUUACUGCGGCACGGGCUCAGCAGGCAGAACGACAGGCUACCCAGAACUUGCGAAGGGAACAGGACUCGGCCUACGAGAGGUCAUUAGCCCAGGAUCGUGAGAGGGCCCGGCGAAGACGGGAAGAGGAGGAAGCGGCAAGAAGAGCUGAGAUGGAAGCCCAAGAACAGGCCAGAUUGGCGGAGAAGAGGAAGCGGGAUCUUGAGCAGUGGAAAAGGUGGCGUGCUCAGUCACUUCCGGGAGAACCGGACACGGAGCUCAAGGAUGUCAUCCGGGUUAGUAUUCGCUUGCCAACCGGGGAACGAGUUAUACGAAGGUUUCGAGCGGAUGCCGACAUGGAAGAACUAUAUGCCUACGUGGAGUGUUACGAGGUGAUCACGUCUCGAGAUGCGGAAAAGCAAAACGAGGAGGGUGAUGAUAAUGAUGAUGUGGAGGAGCCUGAGGGCUAUGAGCACGAAUACAGGUUCCGCCUGGUGUCACCGAUGCCCCGAACAGUGUUUGAUUUGGAGAAGGGUGGCUCGAUAGGCACACGGGUGGGCAAGAGCGCCAACCUCAUUGUUGAACCUGUUGACGAGGACGAGGAAGACGAAAACGAAGACGAAGCCUGA